AUGGAGCGCCCGAAGAAGAGCGGCGCGGUGGCUGGCCUCCCCGACGAUCCCCUCGUGGAGGUCCUCUCCCGCGUCCCCGCCAAGGAUCUCCACCGAUCCAAAUGCGUCUCCAAAGGCUGGCGUGACCUCAUCGCCGACCCCCUCCACCGCAAGAAGCUCCCCCGAACCCUACAAGGGUUUUUCCACGCCUGGGAUUUCAUCAAUCUGCUCGGGGGAUCCCGGCCUCCCGUCGACCCUUCCUUCGCCUUCCUAAAGAAGCUGCCCGGCAUCGGCAACAUCUGUCUCAGGGAUUCCUGCAAUGGCCUCCUCCUCUUUAGGCACGCCACCAGUCGCACGAUCAGCUACGUUGUGUGCAACCCCGCGACAGAGCAAUGGGCGGCCGUGCCCAGCGAGCACACUCCGGCGGACUAUCAUAUGCGAGUGAGAAACACCUAUUUGGUAUUCGAUCCGGCUGUCUCCUCCCAUUUCCAGUUGGUCACCAUCUGUGCAGAGGAGGGGAGCCUGGCAACAGUGCACAUCUACUCCUCAGAAACAGGGGUGUGGAAGCACAGCCAGACUGACUGGGCUGAAGAAGAAAAGCAGCUAGGGCUUUGGAAAGGGCCGAAUCCUCAGAUCAAUGGCAGGGUCCGUGGUGCUCCCUUUUUUAAUGGCCUGCUGUAUGUUAUGUUGAAUAAUUAUCAGAUUGCUAAGGUGGAUGUGGAAGGGAAGACACGAGGGAUCAUCCCGGCGCCAUCUUCGAUGAAUAAUCUAGGUGCUUACUACGGUCCACCUUUCAUUGGUCAAUCCCAAGGGCACCUAUAUUGCAUCCAUGAACCACCCAGUCAGGUUUAUACAAGAGAUUUCAAUGAUGAUCGUGAUCUACUGUCAAUCUGGGUUCUUGACUAUGAUACACAAAAAUGGGCACUUAAGCACAGGGUGAGCCGUACUCAUCUGUUUGGGAGCAGAUUUUACACAAGCGAUUGUGACUACAAUGUGGUUGCCAUUCAUCCAGACAGCAAUAUGGUAUUCAUUUUUCUGAACUGGAAACGGCAGCUGAUAUCAUAUAGCUUGGAUAGCAAGGAAGUGCGUGCUCUUGGCACACUUGAACAAGACCCUGGAUGGUUUGUUCCGUAUGUUCCCUGCUUCUUGGAUUUCUUAUCAGUGGUAGAGCAUGAAGAGAAACUAAAGGGGCCUGGCGAGCAAAGCGCAGAGGAUGUCGCGAGGGUAGGUGGUGGUGGCCAGUGA